GCCUCUCUAUAAAUCCCCCUUUCCCAGUAGAUAUUUCUAUCUUCAGUAGUUUCUCAUUAUCAUUUUCUCUUAUUAUUAACUUUCCUAUACUUCGCCAUUAGGAAUAGUUGCUUUCCGGUUAUGUCCGCUGACGGCCGCCGGAAACCUGAGAGCUCCUUCGUCUCCACCGCUCUCGGUUUCCCCCGCCCCCGCUUCCUCCGCCACCGCCGCCUUAGGUAACCGUCGAUCACUCACACCGUAUAUAAUUACUUGUAGAAAACUACUGUGUAAAUCUCGAAUGCCGUCGCCGAAGAAACACCGGAAAGGAUGCCAAGAGAAGAGCAGGAAGGGGAGGACGUCGCAUGACCUGAGAGGCGUCUGCCUCGCGGCGGAGAUGCUACCGAGGCCGAGGACGGUGCCGGAAUUAUUGGCCGGGAGCGGAUCCGCGGAGGACGUGGUGGCUCUGGGGACCCCGCCGCCGCCGAAGCUGACGAAGCUGCUGCUGCACGUGACUAUUCAGAGGAGCCUCGGCGCCGUGAGGGUGGUGAUGCCGCCGGAUGCUACGGCGGAGGACUUGAUUGUGGCGGCGCUCCGGCAGUAUGAGAAGGAGGCGCGGCUGCCUCUGAUCCGCUCCGGCGACGCCUCUGGAUUCGACCUUCAUUACUCCCAAUUUAGCUUGGAGAGUUUGGAUAGGGAGGAGAAGCUAGUGUCGUUGGGGUCAAGGAACUUCUUUCUGUUCCCGAAGAAAGCGGCGGAGGAGGCGGCGACCACCGCGGAAAGUGGCGGUGCGAUGGCGAGAUGCUCAAAUGAAGCCGACUGCAACAAUGAGUUACCCUGGCUGAGAUUUAUGGAAUUCUCACUGUAGAUUGCGUCCAAAAUUACUGCCAGUAAUUGUUUGGAAAUGUACAUUUUGUAUAAUUAUUAGUUAGUGAAGUGAUAAGUUUGGCAUAUUGUUCAGCAAUUUUAAUGUGACAGUUAUUUCUGGAA